AGUUCACAAAGAGUCAAGAGAAGAGCUGUUCCGAAAGAAGAGAUAAUAAGUAUUGCUGCACUUCAGUCAUCGUUGUUCUAAUCGAUUUCCGGUGUUUAUUUGCUGUUAAUGAUUUGCACAAACAAUCUUAUGUAUUAGCGUGUCAUCUAAGCUUUGAAGUAUUGAUUCGGUCAUGACCAGCAUCCAAUCACACUGUCCACCAYUCAGCRUUUAGCCUCGUWCAACUGGUCACACCACUUGUCUGUUGUUCACUAUUGAGGGUUAAGCGAUGGAUGUCUACACAAUCAUCUUGCUUGUUCUAACUGUGUUCUCUUCAACAUGUUCAGUAUCGRCUCUCAAAAGGUCUGGCAAGGAGGCGAGGUUGUCCCUCAAAACAAGACACAAGGCACAAUUAAUGUUGGACUCCAGCAAAAAAAUCAAACUCGGGGAAGUUUAUCUGUCGGGUUUGGAUGGACUUCGAGGAGAAAAGGUAAGACACCAGUCAUUAUACUGGGUGUGUCCAUCACGUGAAGGUUCUAUUUGUCUGAAGUCCAGCUCCAAUCCCAAGUAUGGCAGCCUGUUCCACAAUAUUCAUCAACGAGACAGCAUUGAUCURUCCAUUACUCACGACAUCGAUGCUGGAGUCCACCUGAACAACUCUUUGAUUCGAAUGUUGUUUAAAAAUGGCCGCCAGUCGRUUCGAUUCACUUUUGUAACCAAUGAMGAUGGCUGGAGCCCCUCGGAAGACGCUUAUGCCGUCUUUCAUCCUGGACGAAGCAACACRGUAUUCGUGGACGGCUCGUGGGCUGCUUACAAUCUCUCCAACAUGGACUACACUUGGAACAUAAUCAAACACAGCAGAAGAAAYUUGAAAUUUAACGGCAAGUUGAUUUGCUGGGGAAAUGRCGUCAUGACAUCCUAUCGAUAUUAUGAUCAUGGUCUUCACUUUGGUUCACCRGCCAGCGGUCACAAACCAUGUCUCCUUGACAACAACGAAAACGAAAUCAUGCUGAAGAGUCACUACGCGAUAAUGAACGGUCAACAAGCCCGAUGGGACAUGGCUCAAUUUGGUUUUCUGAGCGCCAAGUACGUGCAGGCUGAAAAUAAACGCAUCGCUAUCUGGGUUCGGUAAGAUCAUCUGGUARUGCUUGCAGACUUCAUGUGUGGUCAURUCUUUGCUACAAGCCUUCAGGGUAGACGACAUGUGCUGUGUCUAUAUGCAUCAUUAAUAUCCUGGAGUUUUCAAACUAGGCCCGGGUUUUGUUUCAGUUAUAUUCACAUCAGUUUAUCUUCUUGUUUUAAUAAGAAAGUAACAAUACUCGAGAGAAAUGUAUUGUGACAGUUAAUAGUUUUUAUGCUACAAUCUUUGAUAUACUCUGCUUUAUUUGUUUAGCGGGAAAAUCAAAAGCAGUGAGAAUGCGCUCUGCUGUCAACAUAAGGUCACGAGGGCUAAUUAUUACAAUGAGGUUUCUAUUAAUCUCUUCAUGUUACUUCUUGAAUUACGAUAUGUAAAAAAACACGCGACAAGCUAUAAAUAGAUCACCACAGGAAUCCCACAGCACUGAUCCCAUUAC